UCUGUCAAAUCCGAUUUGUCAAAUAUCAGCAACGCGACAACAAAUCUUUGAAAAUGAUUAAAUAUUAAUUAAAGGCGUGUGUUUUAAUAUUAUUUUACUAAAAGAAAAUAUUACAAUAUUAUUUUCGAACGCAUUCAUAUUAAAAGUAUUCGUUUUGAGAAAUAAAUAAAAAUGGCAACGAGCGGUUCCGGUGCGGUAUUCUUUUUAGGCACGCGAGCACAUUAUCAGGUGCUAAACCAGCCCGAGUCUCAGUACGACGCUGAGAACGGCAACACAUCCACGGAGACGAUAUACCAGAACCCAUCGGUCCAGGAGUUGUGGCCGGAGCAGAAACGGGACGACAACGAACGCUGGGGCUAUUGCGAGCAGGAAGUCAGUUUAUCAGAUGAGAGGGAGAGAUCGGACAGUUUGCUGCGCUCGCGACGCAGACAGAGUACGGCAGCACUGUGCGAGGGAGACGACAUGAAGCCUGCACUACUCAACUCUGUGGGGAACAGUGGCCCCACAAAAUGUCCAAAAGGCCGCGGCACUCUCCUGACGCUGCUCUGGUCGCUGGCUCGACGCAAGCGGCGCGGCAUCACCAACGACGAACUCUACUUACGACACAUCGACAGCGCACUCACCAACAACUGCACCUACAGGGAGAGUUGCCGGUGUCUGGAGUGCCAGAGCCGUUACUUCGAGUGUGACGACGAGAGCGAGGACUACAGCUCUGACGACGACAGCUACGUGCCGCGGUACGUCGUGGAGGCCAUGGAGGCGCACCACCAGCUGCCCGAGUCUGAUGAUGAUGAGGUACUGGCAUCAUCAUGCCAUUUAAUUUGGGACAGCCCUAACGUUAGAAUUUAA